AUUUCUCGUGAUUAGUUUUGCGCCACCCGAAGCGUGAUCGGUCGAGUUAUUUUCUGCUGUUUCUGCAACUAGACCAUUCGUUGUAAAUAUCCAGCUGAUACCGGUUUUAAUUGUAACAAGUUUUCCAUUUUUUGGCCAAAUACGGCUUAAGGGUUGCGGCUUGUGCAAAGUAUGUUCUAAUCUGUGGGUUUUGAGCACGUUUUGCGUUCACGUUAAGCGGCACAGGCGGCGGCGGCUAUAAAUCAUUGAACCGUCGAAAUCUCGUGAUUGAGUUCUGUGAAGGUGAAGUGGGCAUUUAAAAAUAAUCUAGCGAGCUGAGGAUCUCUUUUCAACCGUCAACAGCCGAUAGGGAAUUGCCAGUUACUAUCUGCCGCAUAAGAGUUGACCUCCUAUUUCGACUUGGGGUGGUCCUUCAAUGUGAAAAAUUUCCGCUACUCUAAAUGUAGUUGUGAUCGAGGAGUAUAAGAGUGCGAGUAAAAGAAAGCACACGUGAAAGUGUAGCGGAAGAAAGAUAAAACGUGUUGGUGCAGAAACAAAUCUUCAACCAACAUGCGUAACGAAAAUGUAGUUAAAGAUUUCUCCUGGUUCAUAAGUGUUUGAAGUACGCGAUAAGGGCAAAAAGUGAUAAAGAAAAUUUAAAAGUGAUUAUCUAGAAAGAGUAGUGCAAGUUCGAUUAAACAAAAACAAGUGUAUACUGUAUAACCGAAAAUGAGUCGACGGGAUAAUAACGUUAGAAAGCUGUCUUUUCUAGGCUUCAAUACAAAAGAGACAAGCAACGAUGACCCGGACAAGGUGCAGCUGGACGAUGAAAUGGAAAAGGUGUUCAGUUCGGUCGGCACCGACAAGGAAAAGUUCGAACUAAAACGCCUAAAGGACGAUGUACUGGUCGACAACUCGCCACUAAAGUACGACGAUACACCGCAUCGCUCCGUUGAGCAGCGACCGCUGCUGACAGCAUCCAACCUACACCCGAUGGACGGUUCGUCGGGUCCGGGUACUAACGUCAACGGCUCGCCGCCAACAACUUCCCCGACCAGUCCGAUUUCGCUGUCCUCGAAGAGCGGCACUGCCACCAAAGCAUCCUACGACACCACUCUGGCCGAUAAUUCGUCCAAUGAUUUCAGCGAAACUGUUAACGAUGAACCGCUGGUAGACCACGGAACGCUGCAGGGAGAGCAAUGGGAUUCGAAUGCUAGGCGAAACGUUCGAUUUGACAGCAAAGAUCGGGACACUCAAUUCGAAGGAUUGCAGAUAGAGGACAGCAAUGAGGAACGCAGGCGACGUACCGAACGUCAUCAUCAUCACAAGUCGAGAAAAUUCUCUUUACAAGAAUACCACCCAGAGUGGAGGCGCACUAGUGGUACCGAGGGGGUCAGUUCCAAUGCCAGGCGUGUUUCUGUACAACCAGAGGACGCCGCUCUUCAGGAGGCUGACAUCGAUGAGUUAACUUCUCAUCGAUCGGACGAUCCUCGGGCGCUGCGCCGUCAUAAGGUGAGCGCACAGUCUCAACAGGGUGGAUCCUCGGUGGUAAACAUAAACCGGAAGGAGGGAGAUAAACUGCACCAGCUCAUUCCGCCCAACAAGUUCAAAAAGAUGUACGAUCACAGUCCCCAUGAAGUGUUUGUUCAGUUGGAUGAGUUAACAGGUGCCGGUGAGGAGCGCGAGUGGAAAGAAACAGCCCGUUGGAUCAAGUACGAGGAGGAUGUUGAAGAAGGAGCCGAUCGUUGGGGUCGUCCGCAUGUGGCCUCGUUGUCAUUCCAUUCAUUGCUGAAUCUUCGACGUUGUCUCGAAACGGGUGUCGUGCUGAUGGAUUUGGAUGAGAAAGACCUUCCUUCGGUUGCUUACCGGAUUGUGGAACAGAUGGUUAUAGAUGAGUUGAUCCAUGAAGAUGAUAAACCCGUCAUUAUGCGUGCCCUACUACUACGGCAUCGACACGUCAACGAACACUCCCACGGUGGUUUCCAUUUUGGUCCGAAGCGGAAGUAUAGCAGCUACAGCAGCCUGCAGUCGCUGGCUCCAGCUACAGAGAGUGGCAACGGUGAGGUAAUAGUCGGAGUACGAAGGCUUAACUCGUUUAUAAGCCCCACGCAAAGCUACACCCUUAGCCCUCCCUCGCUGAACCCUAAUGGCAGCCCGGCUGAGGCUUUCAAACAGGACCAUCAGCAGCACAACAGACAAAGACUUCCAAGCAAUUCCAGCGGAAAUCGCCGUCAUUUUUUUCAACAACAACAACAACAGCAGCAGCAAGCUCGCAAAAGACGAACCGGUAGCCAUGAUGGUGGACAACCGACGGCCGUAUCAACAGUCACCAGUGCCACCGGAAUGCGACGAAACAAUACAGCAAUAACCCUGACAACUAGUGUCGACGACAAAAAGCCUCGCAUUGUGCCAUCAAGUGAUACCAACGGCCACAACCACAGUGGUGAAACGAAGAUCAGCAUGCAGGAGGAAACGUACACUUCGUCGCAGGAGGACAUUAAAAUGCGCUCACAGAAAGAAUCAAUCCUGAAGCGAAUUCCGGAGGGAGCUGAAGCGACAACGGUGCUCGUUGGUGCAGUGGAGUUUCUAGAACAACCAACGAUUGCUUUCGUCAGAUUGGCAGAAGGUAUACCAAUGCCUAGUAUUACGGAGGUACCGAUCCCGGUUCGUUUUCUGUUCGUCCUGUUGGGGCCACAAAAUGCAGAGUUGGACUACCACGAGGUGGGACGUUCGAUUGCCACUUUGAUGUCAAACGAACAUUUUCAUAGUAUUGCGUACAAAGCAGAUGACCGAAAAGAUCUACUGUCCGCUAUCAAUGAGUUCUUGGAUGACUCGAUAGUCCUGCCCCCGGGUAAAUGGGAACGACAGUCUUUGCUACCAUUUGAUGAGCUUAAAGCAAAAAGCGAAAUGAUCCGCAAUAGAAAGAAAAAAGCAAUCGACAAACAGAUCAAGAGCCAACAGGUGCCGUUGACUAGCGAAGAGGAAAAGAAACUGCUGGCCGCUGCAGAUGAUAGCGAUGGAAAGAAGCCAAAAAAGAAUCCGCUAGAGAAAACUAACCGCCCAUGGGGAGGUCUCUUCAACGAUCUUAAGCGAAGAUACCCGAUGUACAUGAGUGAUAUUACGGAUGGCUUGAACACAGAAACUCUCGCCGCAACUUUGUUUAUGUACUUUGCAGCGCUUUCAACGGCGAUCACAUUCGGUGGUUUAUCCUCGGAUAAAACUCACAAUCUUAUUGGUAUUUCGGAAACCCUGGUCUCUGCUUCGAUAGUCGGAGUAAUAUUCCACGCAUUAUGUUGUCAACCUCUGGUUAUUAUUGGAACUACCGGUCCUUUGCUCUUGUUCGACGAGGCACUAAAUCAAUUCUGCAUUGCAAACAACUACAACUUUCUAACAGUGCGAGUAUAUGUUGGAAUUUGGUUAGCAAUAAUCGCCUUGUUGGUAUCCGCCUUCGAAGGCAGCGUCUACGUACGACUUUUUACACGAUUUACUCAAGAAAUUUUCUCGGCACUGAUUACACUGAUCUAUCUGGUCGAAACGCUAAUGAAACUCAUCUACGUAUACCGGAGAAACCCGCUGAAAGCCGAAUAUCGUUAUCUGAAUAUGACAACAGAACCACAACCGUUGUUGGGAGCUGAUUCGAACUCAACAAUCGACACGUCUGUCAGUAUACUAGCAGAAAGUCUGACAGCGAUCGCCAAUACUACAAUGGCCGCCAUGACAGGGGUGGAUGACAACCUCUUGAUUCCAUCGGACAGUUUCGGACCAAAGAAUCAACCAAACACUGCACUGUUCUGCACAAUACUUACAUUAGGAACUUUUUCGCUAGCUUAUUAUCUAAGGUUGUUCAGAAACUCCCACUUUUUGGGACGUAAUGCUCGUCGCGCUCUUGGUGAUUUCGGUGUGCCAAUCUCGAUAGCCCUUUUCGUACUCGUCGAUUAUAUGAUUCCGCAGGUAUUCACCGAGAAGCUCAGCGUACCGGAAGGUAUUUCACCAAGCGAUGCAACCCGUCGCGGUUGGUUGAUUCCUCUUGGAGGUGUUCCUGGCUGGAUGCCUUUUGCUGCUGGUGUUCCUGCAAUGUUGGUGUACAUUCUUGUAUUCAUGGAAACUCACAUUUCCGAACUAAUCGUUGACAAACCGGAACGUGGAUUGAAGAAAGGAUCGGGACUACAUGUGGAUAUAGUGCUACUUUGUUUCCUGAAUACGAUGUGCGGAUUCUUCGGAAUGCCAUGGCACUGCGCUGCUACUGUCCGUUCGGUUACGCACGUGUCUGCUGUGACGAUCAUGUCGAGAACACAUGCUCCAGGUGAAUCUCCUCACAUCAUUGAUGUUAAAGAGCAGCGUAUUUCGGGAUUCAUCGUCUCGCUAAUGGUAGGGCUGUCAGUCACGAUGGCACCAAUCCUACGACUUAUUCCCAUGGCUGUGUUGUUCGGUGUGUUCCUCUACAUGGGUAUCGCAUCGAUGAGUGGUGUGCAGUUCUUCGAUAGGUUGCGAUUGUUCCUUAUGCCGGUCAAGCAUCAUCCGCAGGUACCAUACGUCCGGCGAGUGCCCAGCUGGAAGAUGCAUAUAUUCACAACGGUUCAGGUUCUUGCUUUGGCCAUGCUUUGGGCAGUAAAAUCGUCGCCCUACUCGCUGGCCUUCCCGUUCUUUUUAAUUCUGAUGGUCCCUAUCCGAAAGCAACUGGAGAGGCUGUACAGUCCACUGGAACUGCGUGCGCUGGAUGGAAGUCAACCGAACGAAGGAGCAGAGGAUGAGCCCGAUUUCUACGAACAAGCUCCAAUUCCUGCUUAAGUCCAUAACAGCAACCACUACGAAAUGUUUGAUUGCAAAUCAACCCUUGUUGUUGUAUGUUUUAACCGGUAUUGUGUUACGUAUGAAAAUGUAAAAGGUAGAUAAAUUUUAUUGCAUGAUUUCACUUAUUUACAUCCUGUCACGGUAGGUUUAAUAAAAAAGUACUAUUCGUCGAUGCAUUAUAUUUGUUAACGCAACCCCUCGAUGGGCGAAACUUCUAUGAAGUGCAUUCAUAUUUUGUUAACGGAUAACCCUAAAGAGUCUAUAUAUAUAUUUUUCUAGGUAUGUUUUUUGAUUGGUAGAACAAACACAUUAAACGUUUCUAUAAAUCUGUAGCAGAUAUUUAACAAAACUUUUAUUCUUAUAAAAAAAAUCUUUAGGCGAAAAUUGACACUUUCAAAUCAAAUCAAUUUAGGCAACAUAAUGAUCACGAACCUACUACCCUUAGGAAUAAGUUUGAACUUUCUUUUACGAAAAUGAUGGUAAAAGCACAGACUAACAGACAUAACACUCGAAAACAAUGCUUCGCCCGCUUUAACGGUCUUUUUAAAUAUAUUUGUAGUUGGGACUGUGGCCACAUUUGAAGUUAUGGCGCCACUGACAUAUGAACAGGCAUAUGGGGGAUAGACCACUAAGGAAAAAUUGUUCUCAAACUUGAGGGGUAACCGCUCUGGGACUGUGAAUAAAAGGUGGAGCUAAUGUUCUAGAAAAAUUGCCGGAUCGAUGUUUUUGUGGGAACUCCCUCAUAGUGUUAUGUCUGUUAGUCUGUGGUAAAAGUGUCGAGCAAUAUAGCAAUUCCACACAGAUUCGCCAACCAAUUAAACUUGACCUUUUUCCUUUCUACGAAACUUUGAUUGCUAUCUGACGGUGUCUUUAAAGAAGGCGUUUCCAAGAAUAAACAUCUUAAACUUUGAAACCGCUCCUUCAAUCAAUCAUACGACUUAGAUAUAGACUUUAACUUUAACCCGAGUCAGCCCGUAUUAUUCUUAUUUUCAUUUUUGUGAAGCAUACUGUCAAUAAGUCUUGAAACAUAGCGAAUAGUGCCAGCUAAAAUGCACACAUUUGUUUCUUUUACACAUUUUCACCAUAAAAUAAAUCAAAUAUAAAAACAAUUAAACUAUUUAUUUUCAAUAUUGUUUCACUAAAAAACUUCCAUUUAGUUAUGUUUAAACAUUUCACGAAAGAAAAAUGAGCUAUUUACCAAUUAACUUGCGGGACUUUUUUAUUUGAAUAUCCCUUUCAUUUCGUCGUUUUUUCAAAGAAUCAUUUUCAAGAAAUAGUUUUGUAGAAAAAAACUUACGAAUGUCUAUAUUUCUUUGAAGAUACAAGCUAAGGUAGCAAUCAAUUAACAUAGUUGAAAUGUUUCAUACAAAUCGAAGGUCAGGAUUUAAUAGCUAUUUUUGUUGCUAUUUUGGAUGGAAUUGUUCAAUACAAGCAUUGCAACUACAGUAGAAUACAAAAUGGAUGAAAGAAUAUGGAAAGGAGUGUGCAACAAUCUGUGAUCAGUAUUACUUACAAGUGUAGAAAGAGAGACAUAACUAGCGUCAGUACAGUACCGAAACCGGAACCCCCUUUAAACUGAAUCACAUAAACAGGAAAGUCACUUCAAUCAUACAAGAACAAGAUGCUUAUAGUUUAAACCAGGAUAUGUUUCAACCAGAACUAAAAUGAUCAGAAAGGAAUAUAAAUAUAUUUACGAUAUUUAUGGUAGUAGAAACUGCUGAAGCAGAAAAAUCGGAAAAUGACACACUGAACGAAAGUUACUGAAAAGUUACGGAUGCCAUAAAUGUUAAUCAUUCGACUGGUGAUGGAAGGCAAAUGAAUGAUUGUCCGAUAAAAAAUAUUUAUAUUGUUACUAAAGUACAAGUAAACAUAAUAAAAUGGUGAAUAUUUUGUUCAAUUGAUGGAUAUGCGUAGCACACACUGAAAAAAGGAAACAAUAGUGCAUAUUCCACCGACCUAUAGAUUUUUACUUAUACAUAUAACUAGUAGAUAGUACUUAAUAGCUCCUUCAAUUCGAAAACACAAAUAUAACAGUAAGCAUUCUAGUUGCUAUACUGAUAGUAAGAUUUGGUAGAGUAGAAAACUCUUCCAAUUAAAAAAAUAAACAAUACUUAAUAAUUGAUGAUACUUAAGAACGCUUAACUAACUAGAGAUUAUAGCAUACUGUGAAAGAAAACAACACUAAAUAAAAACAAUCUGAAAGAUCAA